UGCGUCAUCCACUUCACUUCAUCUCAUGACAAGUUUUCAUUAUAAAAUGGUGGCGGAGGAAAGCCUCUGGAACUGCAGUGAAACCAGCAGUGUGUGUAGCAGCAGUGACACAGGGCUCUUUACCAACGAUGAAGGACGGCAAGGGGAUGAUGAGCAGAGUGAUUGGUUCUAUGAGGGAGAAUGUGUCCCAGGAUUCACUGUCCCUAAUCUUCUGCCGAAGUGGGCUCCUGAUCAUUGCCCUGAAGUAGAAAGAAUGGAUUCUGGACUGGAUAAACUUUCCGAUUCCACAUUCCUUUUACCUUCUCGACCAGCUCAAAGAGGGUACCAUGCCCGCUUGAAUCGUCUGCCUGGAGCUGCAGCUCGAUGCCUCAGAAAGGGCCGAAGAAGGCUUGUUGGGAAGGUAACCACUCUUACUGUCUACUGGGCUCACUGGGAGACUGGGAGGACAGGAUUCCCUGUGGGAUUUGUGUACCCUGUUGAUAAGCAAAGCUCCUGGUGA